CACGACACCAGCCAACCAUCUUAUGUUCUGUUUGGUUAACUCGCUCAAAUUCAUUGCAGUCGCUACAAUUACACUCUUCAACUAUUUCAUUCUUCGCUCUCUUCUCCUACAUUCACUAUCCUGAUUCACCGAAACAAUCAUAUAUCGUUUAAAAUUACAGUUAUUUGAAGUAAUUGAAAUCCAUCGUUAUGACGGUUGGAUGUGUACAGUGUGGGACCCAUAGUAACCCUUGUCGGUGCAAGAUAGUGGGUCCCACACUGGGGUUUUUGGCGUUUGUGGGAGCUGCGGUGGUGGAGUGGCCGGUGGGAGCAGUGGUGUACUGCUUCCGACACAUGAAGGGUCGCCGCAUCAUGGCUCAUCCGGCCACCGUGGUUUAUCCUCGGGUCUCCAAUGCCAUUCCCAUUUGAUGGAGAUGUACUGUAACUUUACCUUCUGCGGCCGCCUGUUGCUUGCGUCUUGGUGUGGUUUUUUAAUGUUUUUUUUUGUUUUUCCAACGUUCUCCUUGUACUAAAUAUUGUGAUAAUAAAGAUGCAACCCGUUCUUCCCAUAUCUA